GUCGAGCGCGAAAUGACAACGACAUCCACCAUGCAGGCAGUCAAGUGGCUGGGAAUGGACAAAGAUGGGAAGAUGACUGUGUCUCCAUCUGCGUCUCUCAAAGUCCUGCAUGCAUUGCCGGAAAGGCACAGCGUGAACUUGAUCAGUAUUUUUGGGGCUGCUCGCCAAGGAAAGUCGUUCUUGAUGAAUCUCCUCGCAAACCAACAGGAUUUGUUUCGCAUAUCCAACGAAAAGGAGCCAUGCACGCAAGGCGUUGACCUCUCUAGCCACUUCAUGCCGCUGGAAGCGUUUAGUCGGAUCAACGGAUGUCCGCCAGUUUCUGGCAGCAACAUGAGCAUCGGGUUUGUCGACGCAGAAGGGCAAGGUGAUCGCGAUAUAACAUACGACUCCCGCUUGGUGUCCCCGGUGUUGCUCUCGUCCAAGGUCGUCAUAUUCAACUGGAAAGACUCUCUGCAAGCCGACCGCAUGCUCAAUCUGCUUGCGGUGCUCGCCAAAGCAGCCCAAAACGUCGAACUGGCAGAGGGGGAAACUCGAAAAGUGUUUGGCCAUCUUCACAUGUUCGUGAGUUAGUCGCAACCCUGCAUUCGCUAGCGUUGUAUGAUUAGUGUUUUUCGCGACUGGAAUUUCGUAAACACAAGUCCAACGGAAGUCCAUGAUGCGUUGUUUAAGAAGGAAAAGGGUGUGUCCAAGGAAGUGAGCAAUCGCAAUCUUGCGCGCCACGAAUUGAGCGAAGCGUUCGAGAGUAUCAACAUUUGGUUGUUCCCGUUGCCGGUUGUGAGCACAGCCCAGCUGAGCGAACGCAUCCGGUUUGAACAGCUGCAACCCUCCUUUCAAGGCAAGUUGCGGGACUUGCGCAAUACCAUAUCGAAACAGCUGCAGGAGCCCAUGCUUUUCAAUCAGCAACCGUUGACGGGCCAUAAAUUGGCCGACAUGAUGCCUCUCUUCGCAGAGAGCUUGAACGACAAUCGAGUAAUUAUGCCCGAGUCCAUUUAUUCGUCGAUGCGGCGUGCUGAAGGAAAGAAAAUUCAGUUGAGCGCUGAGGAAGCUAUUCGAGCUUACUGCAAGACGCAAUUGGAUUUGCCGACUUUGGUCAACACACAGACGUUCACCUAUCAAGUUCGACAAGGGAUGGCCGAUUUGAUCAGAGGGGCCGUGCAAAGUCUGCAAUCGUUUCCUACGGACGUAACGGAAGAAUGCCAAAAGGCACUGAACAUGUUUGUUGAAAGAGAACUGGACUUGGUGUCCAAAUCCAACAACGAAAAAAUCUUGCAACAUUUCCACACCCUUGUUGACCUCGCCAGCAACUCCAUCAGCGAACACUUCAAACAGUUGGAAUCCCUACUCCCUGUGGCUCCACUGGCACUUCAUCAGCAAUGCGAUACCAUCAUUCAUGAUUCUAUUGUUCCGCUUCAAAACUGCCCCAGAACUACUCUCAACUCAUACGACAGCGAGAUUCAACGGUUGGAACAACAAGGAGAAGUGCUAAAGGAGCGCUUACAAUAUUUGAACGAACGCGCAAUUCGCGAACGAUCGUCCAAACUGCUGAGUCAACUAGCGUUGUUCAAAAAUGAAUUGAAGACCAAGGGCACGGCUUGGUUGGACAAGCAAAUUGCAAGUGGGUCUGCGUUCACGAUUUCGAUGCUGGAAGAGGAGCUACUUCGAUUGCACGGAUCAUUCGAUUUUGUCGAAUCAAACCCUGCUUUGGACGAAGUCGACAUUGAGGAGCAAAUGCGUGAGUUUCAUGCGCAAUUGCUGGACGAUCUCAAGCGGCAAUACACGUUCCACAUUCGCCGUGUGGUUCUUCAAUUCAUUAGCACAGCAAAGUCCCUGUUGGACAAGGACGUCCAAGUGAUCGUAUUGCCAAUGACACAAACCAAAUUAUGCGAACGCAUCAUGGAAUCGAAAGAACGAAUCGUGUACGAAAUUGCUAACAAAAUGCAAGGGUGGAGUUUCCCGCAAGAAGAAAUGGUGCACUUCGGGAAUGCCGUCACCGAGUACACUCAGCAACUGCAAGAAACGUACGAGAAACAAAACAGAGUCGCGUCGAAGGACACGGCUGCACGCGAAGCCUCUGUGCGGUACAAAGCCGUGAAGGACUCGUUGAUGGACAAGUUAAAUGAAAAGAUCACUGCUGCCAUUCCCAUGUCGGUGGAAACAUUGGAGCAAGUUUACUCCGAACACUUGAUUCGAGCGUGUGCAGAAUUGAGCGACGGAAGCCAAACGAAGCACGAAAGAGUUAUGCAAUCUUUGAAAGCUGACUUGGCAACGCUGUUGGUGCAGUUGAAGACUAUCAACACAAAGGAAACAGAAAAAGCUGCGUUGAUGAAUGCCGCCGAGGCUGAACGUCAACGAACUGAAGCGCUGGCAAAUGAGGUGAAGAGAUCGCAGGCAUUAGCAGCAAAGCGGGAGCGAGAAAUGCAUUCAAAGUUGUUGGAGAAGGAGACUAAAUCUAAGCAAUUGCUUGACGAGCUGUCGUCGCAAGAGGCCAAGACGAAAGCGCUGGAACUACAACUUCAAUCGGCUCAGCAGAAGGCAAAAGUGCUAGCUGAAGAAAAAUUGCGAGCUGAAGCUGAAGGGCUCAAACUGGCGUCGAAAGAGCGUCAAAAUGCCCAGCGAAUGAUUGAGGAAAAUGCUUCCAAACAAAUCGAACUGCAGAACGAGCUUCGCGCUAUCCAGGCGAAGUUAGAGCAACAGCAAAGCAUUCUUCUGGCAAAAGAGAAAGAAGCUAAAGCCGCUGAAAUCGCAAUGGAAGAAGCGAGGAAGUUGAGUGUGGAGAAAGAGCAUGCACUAAAAUUGGCUGAGCGCGAACGUGCCCUGCGAGAAAAAUUAAGCCAAGAUAUUGCGUCUCACCAGGCGCACACUGCAAAUUUGGAAACUAAAAUCUCAAACGUCAUGCGCGAAAAAGCUAUCGAAACGCAACAGCUGCAAGCGACGUUGACUGACCAGCAACGCAAAACACAACAACUUGAGGAACAGUUGAAACAAAUGGCAGAGCAAGCGCGAAUUUUGGCCGAGGAAAGAGAGCAAUUAAGACUUCAAAACGAGAACAUGGCUAAGUCCAAGUUCGCGAUGGAGCAAAAAGCGGCUGAAGAAGCGUUGCGUCGAGCGGAAGCAUCUGCCGCCCAGGCGGCGGCAAAGGCGGCUGUGGUGGAUGUCGAUAUGGAAGAACAGGCAACUCCCGAGAGAAAGCGAAAGGUCCCUACCACCGCUUCAAGCUCGAAGAAGGCCAAGAAACUGGACGUGAAGGCUCCGCUGCCGAAGUUGUCCCUCCAAGAAGCAAAGCGUCUGGCGAAAGAAGAAAUGGACAAGCGCGUUGGGGAGCGCAUUGCAAAGUUGAAAAAAUAGGCAAUGGGUUUACCUCUUGCUUGCCCAUGUGGAAGAAUGAGGAUUUCGGCAUUAAACUGCUGGGUUCAAAAUAAACUGCAAGUUUUUAUUAGUUGGAAAUUCGACAUUU